AUGUCGACCGAUUCUCUUCAAACCUCCCUUGGGGCCCACCUUGCGUAUAAGCCCCAGUCGCUCAAAUUUGGUACAAGCGGUCGACGUGGCUUGAUCGUCGAUUUGACUCAACUGGAGAUUUACAUUAAUGUUCUCGGCGAACUGCGCUACCUCCAGGCAAAGUCGCCUGCUGAUGGUGGUAUUGAAGUCGGCGACGAUUUCUACUACGCAUAUGAUCUGCGCCCCAGCUCAAUUCACUAUGUCGAGCCGAGCCGCGGCGGCCUCUGCCAGGCAGUGGAGCAGGCCUUGAGGGACGCUGGGAUGAACCCGAUUAGCCUCGGUGCCAUUCCCACUCCUGCCCUGACUCUCUUCGCUUUGCAACGGGCGAAGGGUAGUAUUAUGGUUACAGGCAGCCAUAUUCCUUUCGAUCGCAAUGGCUACAAGCUGAACACCUCCAAAGGCGAACUGAUGAAAAAGGAUGAGAAGCCCAUCAAUGAGUCUGUUGAAGUUGUCCGGAAGUCAAUUAUCGAGCAGCCGUUCACUGAAUCUCUUUUCAACGAGCAAGGCAUGCUUCGGAACCCCGUUUCGACCCUCGUUACUCCCGUUCCCGAGGGAAAGAGCGAGUACAUCCAGCGGUACCUUGACUUCUUCAAGGGUGACACCCUCGAAGGCAUGAAGUUGCUAGUUUACCAACACUCUGCUGUCGGCCGAGACCUUAUCGUCGAGUUGUUCCGGGCACUUGGGGCCGAGGUCCUUCCCGCAGGCCGCAGUGAGACCUUUGUCCCCAUCGAUACGGAGGCGAUUGAUCAGGCUCAACUUGACACGGUUCAAAGCCUUGUCGAUAGCACCGGCCAGACCUUCGAUGCAGUCAUCUCCACAGACGGUGACAGUGAUCGCCCCCUCCUCCUAGCGCCCGAAGGUGGCAAGCUCCGCUUUUUCAGCGGCGAUCUUCUGGGCAUGGUUGUCGCCGAUUUCCUCGGUGCUGACGCCGUCGUCGUGCCCAUCAGCACCAACGAUGCCAUCGACCGCGGGCCCCUCGCGGCCGUCCUGGCACCCAAAACUAAAAUUGGAAGCCCCUAUGUGAUUGAUGGUAUGCAGAACGCUGCCUCGGCAGGCCGAAGUCGCGUUCUAGGUUGGGAGGCCAACGGCGGCUUCCUCACUGGCUCCGAUAUCGAGAUUGACGGCAAAAAGCUUCCCGCACUCCCUACGCGCGAUGCAGUUCUUCCUCUUCUGAGCGUUCUUUUUGCGUCCCGCAAGCGCCAGACAACCGUCUCCGGUCUUUUCGAAUCCUUGCCCGCCCGAUUUAGUCGAGCAUCAGUUAUUCGCAACUUUCCCCGGCCCACGAGUGCGAAGAUUGUCGAGCGGUUUUCGCCUUUGAAGGGCCAAGCGCUCACUGGGGAGAAUGAAAUCUAUGGAUGUCAAUAUGAGGACGAAAGCAUGGUUCCGCUGAACUCGAAGGGCGAACCGAUCCGCGCGAGUAUUUCGGAAAGCGAAACGCGACAACUCGCCCAGAUUCGUCAAGAACUUCAGCAGGUUUUCUCGGCCGAAGCUGGAUUUUCCAACAUUAAAGGCACGAACUAUACCGACGGUGUCCGCGUCACAUUCGAAAAUGGCGAUGUCGCGCACAUCCGGCCUUCUGGAAACGCUGAUGAGCUUCGCAUUUACUCUGUCAGCGAUGACAAGGCACGCGCGGAUGAGAUUUGCAACCAAGCGACUGCCGAACCCAACGGUCUGUUGCGCCAACUGGAGCGCAUGGUCUAG